CAGCAUUACACUAAACCGGAAAUGCACAGCCGGAGAAGAAGAAAGCCGUGAGGCGGCUUCCUGUGCGACAGAAACACAGAUAGCAUGUAGCCGCUGUGCUGGGUUUUCCUCUGCCUCCGACCCGAAAACGGAGACCGUGACCCUCUGAGGGCUCGGCUAUGAUGUGACGGAGCAGCGCGUGGAGGGCAGGCGGAGGGUGUGAGUGCCGAGACCGGGAUGGACACCUGGACCCCGAACCCCCGAGCCAAGCCUUUCAUCCCGCGGCAGCAGCGGAGCUGGUACCUCACCUGGAAGUACACGCUGACCAACAAGAGGGCGGUCCGCCGGUUCUGUCAGGUCGGCGCUGUGCUGUUCCUCCUCGUAACUGUGAUCGUGAACAUCAAACUCAUCCUGGACACGAGACGAGUGGCUGACGAGGACGCGGCCGCUCAGGACUACGAGGAUGCCGUUCCCAAAAUGGAGACGCCGCGCAGGCCGGCCAACGGGCGCAAAGUGCUGGAUAUCGAAGUGUACUCCAGCCGCUCCAAGGUCUACGUGGCAGUGGACGGGACCACUGUCCUGGAGGAUGACAUGCGAGAACAAGGUCGAGGAAUCCACGUGAUCGUCCUCAACCAGGCGACUGGCCACGUGAUGGCCAAAAGGAUCUUUGACACCUACUCCCCCCACGAGGACGAAGCCAUGAUCCUCUUCCUCAACAUGGUGACUCGGGGUCGGAUCCUCAUCUUCACCAUUAAGGACGAGGGAACUUUCCACUUGAAAGAUGCCGCCAAGAACCUGCUGAAGGGUCUGGGUAGCCAGGUGUCGCUGGGCCUCAGCUGGAGGGACAUGUGGACUCUGGUGGUGAAGAAAGGAGGUCAGGUUUAUGGGGAGAAGCACUCCAAGUCUCCCGCUCUGUCCACUUGGGGCGACCCGGUUCUGCUGAAGACGGAGGUGCAGCUCACGGCCUCUGAAGAGGCGGAGUGCCACUGGGCCGACACCGAGCUCAACCGGAGGAGAAAACUGUUCUGCAGCAAGGUGGAAGGAUACGGCAGCAUCUGCAGCUGCAAGGACCCGGCACCCAUCGAGUUCAACCCUGACCCGCUGCCCAUCAAUAACGUCUUGAACGUGCCCGUGGCCGUCAUCGCCGGGAACAGACCCAACUAUCUGUACAGGAUGCUGCGGUCGCUGCUCUCAGCUCAUGGCGUCAACCCGCAGAUGGUCACCGUCUUCAUCGAUGGAUAUUAUGAGGAGCCCAUGGACGUGGUGGAGUUGUUUGGACUGAAGGGAGUUCAGCACACGCCGAUCAGCAUCAAGAACGCCAGAGUGUCUCAGCACUACAAGGCGAGUCUGACCGCCACCUUCAACCUUCAUCCGGUCAGUACCAGCACCCCCCCACUGCUCAGAGCCCACUUCCUGAGUCAGACCAUCCACCUGCUGGAUGAAGACGACAGCCUGUACUGCAUCUCUGCCUGGAACGACCAGGUGAGCCUCCUGCUCUUUCCACAACCCACAGCUUGGGCAGAGGCUCAUCUUCCUGCUCCCUCUGGCAGCUGCCAGGUGGCUUUGUCUCGGCUCUCGGGUGUUAGGCAGACUGUCUCCGCAGAGAGCCUUCUGAAUGUUGUCGUUGUUGAGCAGGGCUACGAGCACACGGCGGAGGACCCGGCUCUGCUCUACCGGGUGGAGAGCAUGCCCGGUCUGGGCUGGGUGCUGAAGAGGAGUAUCUACAAGGACGAGCUGGAGCCAAAAUGGCCGACGCCAGAAAAGCUGUGGGAUUGGGACAUGUGGAUGCGCAUGCCGGAACAGAGGAAGGGCCGGGAGUGCAUCAUCCCAGACGUGUCCCGCUCCUACCACUUUGGGAUCAUCGGCCUCAACAUGAACGGAUAUUUCCACGAGGUGUAUUUCAAGAAGCACAAGUUCAACACGGUACCCAAUGUGCAGCUAAAGAGCGUGGACAGUUUAAAGAAAGAGGCUUAUGAGGUGGAGAUCCAAAACCUGCUCAGAGAGGCAGAGCUUCUGGACCACUCGAAGAACCCCUGUGAGGACUCCUUCUUGCCGGACUCUGAGGGGAAGGUCUACGUCAUGUUCAUUAAGAUGGAGUCUGAAUUAGACACGUCCACCUGGACCGAACUCGCCAAGUGCCUGCAUGUCUGGGACCUGGAUGUUCGCGGAUACCACCGAGGCCUCUGGCGGCUCUUCAGGAAGAGAAACCACGUCCUGGUCGUGGCGGUGCCCAUCUCUCCCUAUGCGGUGAAGAAGCCAGCUGCUGUCACUCCCAUCCACUUGGAGCCUCCCCCCAAAGAGGAGGGGGCGCCGGUGGAGCCGAUGUAGAGCCCACCCAGACCUGGGCAGGCCUUUAACCAGCCCUGAUCCACCCUGAACCGUGGCAGGUGUCCCACAUUGGGACACCACAGCUCAUGCCGGGUCUCACGGCCGAGACAGAUUUCUGCCGACAGAAACCCUCCAGAACUUUUAACUGUUUGCGUGUUUUUAUUUAGUUUUCAAACUACUGAACAAACAUUUUUAACUUAUUUAUUUUACAUCAGCCGUUUUUCAUUUUCGAAGAGAAAAUUUCGUCGUGGUCAGCCAUUUCUAAGAGUCCAACAUUUACAGAGUAUGUACAUACAAGCUGAAUUAUAUCGGUAUAUUUUUGAUGAAAGAUGCAAAGGGUUGGCAUAUUUUUUAGUCAGAUCUGUGAGAAGAGAAGCCCUGUGGGCUCUGGAUACAAUGAGCAAACCUUAAAGGACACAUUUCCCUUAUAGAUGCUUUCACUGACUGGUACGUUUGCUGUAACUGGAUCUGGGAUGAGAUGUAAUGAGGAUGAAUGGUGGUGGGCCAAGCUUGGACGUUCAAAUUCUGUCCGUGUUUUGAACAUCCGAGUCAAACCAGAAGGAUUCAGAUAAUCAGUCGAUGGUGGAAACGUGUUUGUUCCGAAUGGUGAGGAAUGUCAGCUCAGCUCAAACGGGCCCUGCCAACGUCUGAACUCCCUCGAUCUGCUGAAGCUUGACCUUUCAGUUUAUUUCGGCUGCCGUCAGGAAAACGGAAUCCAUCCAGCUGUUUGUUUUGUGAGCAAAAAGGGCCAGAUGUUGGUGGGGUGUCCCCUGUGGUCACAUGAUGAGCAUUGUCUAGCUCCUGGAGCUUUUUCUGCCUCUCUGCUCACGUCAUCCUGUGUUCACGGACCAUCUUUCAGAUUCGCUCUUUACAAAACUUUUUUUCCCCGUCAGGAUUUUGGAUAUCUCUGCAGGUUAAAGAGCUCUUGUUCUUAAAAAUCAGGAUGAUGCAUGUUGCAUUUUUCUCCGGUUUCACACCAGUCCUAAAAAGGCUGAGUGGAAACGUGACCCCAAACUGUGAAACUGAGGCACAUUCUCACUCAUUGUUUCUCGGUGACCUCUUCUAGAGGCCAGCGUUCUGGAUUUUCAGUUCUCCACAUUUCCAGAUGUCUCUGCAUUCUUUCAAAACGUUUUUCUUUGCAUAGGUGGUUCAUUCAGACUUGGCUCUGAGCGUUGUCAUUAGUCUGAGCCUCAGUUUGUUCAGUAUUUUAGAUCUGUGUGAGGUUUGGUCCUCUUUGGCCACCAUAAAGGGGGGGUGCCCUCUGUGACUAGUCAGAAGUUACCUGCCAUCUGUUGCUCAUCACUUUGUUGUGAGAGCAUGAGAGAGAUUUAUUUGGGGGGCUUUUAGCUCUGAAAAUCCAGUAUAAGACGUAGUUCUAAACAGGAAAUAAACCAAGUGGAGGAAAAACAGGUGGGCAUCCAGAAGAGAGAAAUGAAUAGUUCUUUUUGAGUUAGUGAUUUAUAUGGUGUUCUUUCAGCAUUUUGAACCAGAUUUCAUCCCUUUCUGACAAAUGCCUAACAGGUAUUGUAUGGUGGUGCUGGCUACACUAAGAUCAUUGCUGCUCCGGUCAUGAUUUCUGAUUUGUGUCUCAUCAGUGACAGUGGGGGGGGUUGUUGGGGGGGGUCUUUCAGAGGUUAAAACCCCUGAGAAUCUCCUCCUUUUACUUCAUGAGUGACUGAAAAUGUCUUUUAUCUUCUGAGCGUGAAUAAAAAAAAGUUUUUGUCUAAGUCUGUUGCCCUGUUUUCUGCUCUAAACCAGGAAAGCUCAGAGCUGUGGCCUUCAGGUUUCCCUCGGCUUAUCAGUGGGUGAGAGGAAACCCGGUGUAUGUAAAUAUAGGGUUUGGUGGGUUCCCCCAGCUGACCGGGACGAGCUGUGGCUUCCU